AUGGACCCGUCUGGAGCGCAUCUUGGGUACCACCGUGGAGAGAUGAGUCGGUUCAACGGGUAUGGCUUGGAUGUUUCGGACAUGGUACUGUUGGACCUUACCUCGGCCCUCGACGAGAAGAUCCCUGCACUUGCGAACGUUUAUGGUGGCAUGUUGAACCUGAUUCUGCAGGGAUCAGAUGCCACGUUUCAGAAAGCGAAGAACGAGCUGCUUGAUCAGUUGAGUAUUUGCGUCAAUCGUUGUUUGGACGAAAUUUACGCUCCUGAACGCGUGGCUAAGAAAUCCCGCAUGGCAAGGAAGACUGAUGCUUAG